AUGGCCUCCCUCAAUACCUCUACCAACGGCCCUUCCAUCAAAUCCUCCUAUCAGGGCGUUGUCAAUUCCUCAGCGCCGUCAGGACCCCAGGCCAACUCACCCACCUACGGCCAGUGGGCCAUUUUCUCCGUCUCUGCCCCUCUAGUCAACGCCUUUCAGCCAGACAGUGGAGGAAAGGAGAGCAUCUUGAAGGUGCAAAGUACCGGAGGCAUGUUUACAUACCUCUAUCCUUCCCCGGACCCUGUGCUUCCGUUCAUGCUGACUGGUGGCGUAGAGGGGGAGCUUAUUGACUUGAUCGAAGACCUCUCUGAAGGACGAGUCCAGUUCGCAUUUGUCAAAGUCAAGGACCCGAAUACAACCCUCCCGAAAUUCGUCUUGAUCGCAUGGUGCGGAGAGGGCGUGCCGGAGAGAACCAAGGGCUACUUUACGAGCCAUCUUGCAGCAGUCUCGAAGAUUCUCCAUGUUCGUGGCUACGAGGGUUACCAUGUACAAAUUACCGCCAGAUCCGAUCGCGACCUCACCCCUGAAAGCAUAGUCCAAAAAGUAUCCGACGCGUCUGGCGCAAAGUACUCACAUAGCAGCGCUGCUCCUCCCCCAUCCUCCGCUGGCCCACCACCGCCUGCAAAUAAGCCAGUCUUCAAUCCUACACGAUCCAGCGGAAACUCGGGCUUCAACCCUCUUGGCUCUCGGGUAAGACCUGGUCACAAUGACACAAACGUAGACAGUGAUGGAUGGGGUGCAGAUGCCCCCCCCGUUACAAGAUCGCAACUUGAGAAGGUGGAAUCUGCUUACAAGCCAACCAAGGUCAGUAUGGCGGAGUUAACUAAGCAAAAUCCGGAUGCUACUCGUUCCAGUAACGGCCGGGCCAAUGACAGUGGAGACGUCGUCAAAGGAGCCUACCAACCAGUUGGAAAGGUCGACAUUGCUGCAAUUCGCGCCCAGGCGCAGAAAAAGGACGACGACCGCCCAACGAUCGUGAAAGGUGCAUAUGAACCGGUUGGAAAGGUGGAUAUUGCGGCUAUAAAAGCCAGAGCCCAGAAGCCUUCAGACAAUGCAUCAUCUGCCAGCAAUGCUAGUGACGAGCCUAAAUCUCUCGCGGACAGGUCCGCCGCCUUUUCACAAUCCGAGAGGUUGACAUCCAUGCCCAAGCCCAAGGUCGCCAACAGAUUUGGAUCGAAUUCGUCCAACUUCACUGGCACUAAAGCACCGACUCCUGGUGUGUUUGGUCUCCAGUCAGCUCCAGUGAACGCUACCCCACCUCCGGUUGGCGCGGCGAGUAGAACUUUCGCCGACGAGGGCGGAAAGACCCCGGCCCAGAUCUGGGCCGAGAAGAAGGCAAGACAGAGAGGUUUGAGUGGUGCGGGUGACGCCCCCCCCACAAGCAUGAACUCGCCCAUUGCGAGCCAAAUGAGUGGUGGCGGAGAAUGGAAGAGUGGAUAUGCGGGGAAGAGUUGGGCUCCAGUGGCCACCAACCCAACUGGUAGAUCUGGGACUGGCAGCAUUGGCCAGCAAAGAACAGGCGAGCAAGAGCACGAGCAAGAAGCUCCAUCUUCGCCAGCCGGGGGCAUCAGUGCUAUUCGUGAUCGAUUCCAAGGUGGAGGAGCACCGAUGGGCGCACCCGUCAUCCCAAGAUCGACCACCGGAGAUCAAUUAUCACCACCGCCUCCCAUCAACAACUCUACGAGACCCGGUGGUGUGGCUAUGCCAGGCCUCCCCUCUCGGUCACGUCCAGACGAGGAAGAGGAGCACGGUGGUCGUAAUAUCCCACCUCCUCCCCGCGUCCAACGCAGCCCCACACCACCUACCCCUGAGCGCGAAAGCUCUCCGGUCCGCAUUGCUAUGCCCGUCGCCCGCUCCAAAGAAUCCGAGAUGCACGCGCCUGCUGAACUAAGUCCACCUCGCACUCUCCCCGCAAGCUUAGAGCGCAACGUUAAAACCGACGCUCAAGACAGCCGCGAACCGGAAGGUCACGAUGCUGCCCGAACUGCAGGCGUAGCAGUAGCAGCAGCUACCUUUGGAGCCGUGGCCGUCGCAGGCGUGAACCAAGACUCGAAAGCCAGUUGUAAGCGAGCUUUGAUCGCAUACGACUACGAGAAGGCCGAAGACAACGAGCUGGAGCUAGUCGAAGGCGAAUAUGUUACUAAUAUUGAGAUGGUGGACGAUGACUGGUGGAUGGGCACGAAUUGCAAGGGCGAGAGUGGUUUAUUCCCUAGCAAUUACGUGGAGCUUGUAGAGGACGAAGGAGAGGAAGAAGCGCAAGCUCCUCUCGCACCACCUGCGCCCGCGACAGGAACACCAGGAAUUCCCCGACGAGGACUGGUGGUUUGGUCACCACCAAGGCAAAUGCGGCCUCUUUCCCGCCAACUAUGUAGAGCUCGACGACUAAGCAAGAAAUUAAUUGUAGAAUACGCGAGCCCGCUUUAG